AUGGUCAAACGAAGCAAGCUCCUCCAGGCUCUCGACGAGCACAAGGGUCGGGACUAUGCUUCUGAGAAGCAGAAGAAGAUGGUCAAGGCCGCCGAAAAGCGCAAAGGCGUGAAGGCCGACACCAGCGUGAGCGUCGCUAAAGAGACCGAGGAAGUUGAUGAGGAUGUUGCUAGCUCCGAGCCUGAAGAGGAUGAGAAGGAACAAGAAGAGGAGGCUGAGGAAGCCACCGACAACUCCGCCGAGAACGAUGAGGACGAGGAUGAGGAUGAGGAAGACGAAGAAGAAGAUAUCCCGCUAUCAGACCUGGAAGAAGACGAGCGUGAGGACGUCGUCCCCCACCAGCGCCUCACCAUCAACAACUCCGCCGCUAUUACCUCCUCUCUCAAGCGCAUCUCAUUCAUCACAUCCCAGACACCAUUCUCUGAGCACAACUCACUAGUCUCCCAAGAGCCAAUCGAAGUGGAGGACCCUAAUGACGACCUCAACCGUGAACUGGCCUUCUACAAGGUCUGUCAGGCUGCCGCCAUUCAGGCCCGUGGCCUGCUGAAGAAAGAGGGUAUUUCCUUCACCCGCCCCGGUGACUACUUUGCCGAGAUGGUUAAGAACGACGAGCACAUGGACAAGAUCAAGAAGAAGCUGUACGAUGAGGCUGCUGGCAAGAAGGCCGCCGCGGAAGCACGCCGCCAGCGUGAUCUGAAGAAGUUCGGCAAGCAGGUGCAGGUCGCCAAGUUGCAGCAACGUCACAAGGAGAAGCGAGAGACUCUUGAGAAGAUCACCGCUUUGAAGAAGAAGCGCAAGGCUGACUCCGCUGCCCCUACUGACGACGCCAACGAUCUCUUCGACGUCGCCAUUGAAGAUGCUGGUAAGCCCGAGAAGCGCGGCCGUGACGGCGGCCCGGGUGCCAAGCGCCAGAAGCGAGACCAGAAGUUCGGCUUCGGUGGCAAGAAGCGUUUCUCCAAGAGCGGCGAUGCGAUGUCCAGUGGUGACAUGCGCGGUUUCUCUACAAAGAAGAUGAAGGCCGGUGGUGCGAAGCGGCCUGGCAAGAGCAAGCGAGCCGCGGCGAAGGGCCGUAACUAA